CAACCCUCAGUUUCGACAAUAUAUAUAUAUCGUCCACUAUUGCACGAAGGGGACUCUCUCAACAACUACACUACAAGAACACUGCUCCCGCAAUUCAGAUACAUGAGUGCUGACUAGUCUUUGCGUUCAUAAAAGAAAGAGCCCUUAAACAUUGAAAAUCCCCUCCAUAUUUCUGUACAUGAACAACAACUCUCUUUAAUUUAUCCUUUAUACUGCUAUGGAUGACUCUCUAAUUCUUUUGCUUUUUUUCCUUAUGUUGUCAUCCUUUUUCAUUCAAUCAAUUUCUACUACGCAGCAGUCACUCAUUCUGCCCCUCACAGCUAAGAAAAUUUCAUCUGUCUCCAUCCCGAAACCUCCUAAUAGAGUUGCUUUUCACCAUAAUGUUUCCCUUACCGUCUCUCUUUCUGUAGGGUCUCCUCCACAGCAAGUUACUAUGGUUCUUGAUACAGGAAGUGAACUUUCCUGGCUUCAUUGUAAGAAAACCACAGCCACACCCUCUGUGUUCAACCCGCUUGUUUCUAAAUCCUACUCCGCUAUCCCCUGUUCGUCCGCAACAUGCAGGACGAAAACUCGGGAUUUCUCAGUACCCGUUUCUUGCGACCCAAAAAAGCUCUGCCAUGCUACGUUGUCCUAUGCUGAUGCUUCUUCUGUUGAAGGUAAUCUUGCUUUGGAGACUUUCCGUAUCGAUAAUUUGAAUUUGCCCGGAAUGGUGUUCGGGUGCAUGGAUGCGGGUUCAAGUUCAAACCCGGAAGACGCCAAGACUACCGGGUUGGUAGGAAUGAACCGUGGAGGUUUAUCUUUAGUUUCUCAAAUGGGUUACCCGAAAUUCUCUUAUUGCAUUUCGGGUCGUGACUCUAACGGCGUUCUAUUAUUCGGAGAGGUGGAUUUGCCGUGGCUUAGGCCACGGAAGUACACUCCGUUAGUUCAAAUGUCAACUCCGUUACCUUAUUUUGACCGGGUUGCUUAUACGGUCCAGUUGGAAGGAAUUAAAGUUGGUGGUACGGUUUUACCUUUGCCUAAAUCCGUAUUUGUCCCCGAUCAUACUGGAGCAGGUCAAACCAUGGUUGAUUCGGGUACACAAUUUACGUUCCUACUUGGUCCGGCUUACACAGCAUUAAAAAAUGAGUUCAUGAAGCAAACGAAAGGAGUGUUGAGGAACUUGAACGACCCGAAUUUCGUAUUUCAAGGGGCAAUGGACUUGUGUUACCUAGCUGAGUCAACUCGUACUACACUACCACCGUUACCACCAGUAACUUUGAUGUUUCCAGGUGUGGAAAUGAGUGUCACUGGUGAAAAAUUACUCUACAAAUUAGCAGGGGCGACUAGAGGAAAGGAUCAAGUAUAUUGCUUUACAAUAGGUAACUCAGACUUACUGGGGGUAGAGGCAUACAUUAUUGGACAUCAUCACCAACAAAAUUUCUGGAUGGAAUUUGAUUUAGCAAACUCUAGAGUUGGAUUAGCUGAAGUUAGUUGUGAAUUAGCUAGUCAAAAAUUAGGACUAGGCUUAUAAUUAAUGUUUUAAUCGACAAUUUUGUGUCUUGUAAAUAAGUGAGCGUGGUCGGACUAGGUACAAUCCAUGGCUUAGUUUUUUGUGGUGGACCAUUGUGUUGACAUGGGAAGUUUGUUCUUUUGUUUGUGUUGAUUGAAGAAAGGACCAUUAAAGGUGUGAAACUUGGGAAGUGUGAAAAGAUUUUUUCUGUUC